AUGGAGCAAUAUUUUCUGGCAAACGAUGUAAAAGUUAAUUUACAAGUGCCUACUUUGCUCGCCUGUGUCGGUGACGCAACAUACGAGCUAAUGGUGGAUUUGUGUUCGCCGAGGAAGCCCGGCGAGAUGAAAUUCAGUGAACUCGUCCAACUGGUUAAAAAGCACAUCCAGCCUACGCCAUCUGUUCUCGCUGAGAGAGAUUGUGAAUUUAAAGAUAACCUUGAAGAGAAUUUACGAGACCAGUUCGUAUGUGGCUUGUCAAGUGAAUCUACGCGGCAAAGAUUGUUCUGCGAGGACAGCGUGACCUUUACGGUAGCCUUCAAAAAGGCUGUGGCGCUGGAGGCGGCGGCUAAUGACGCGGCGGUAGUCGAGCAACAGGCAGCAGAGGGCGCGGUGCACGCGGUACAAGCGCGUGGCGCGCGGGCAGCUGUGGCCGUCAGGGGCGCAGCUCCACGAUGGCGCGGCGAGGCUUCGAGCAGCAGGGUCCGGUAUUCCGGCGGUUAUACUAAUAAUAGGGAUCGUUCAAUAAAACUAUUGUGUGCGUGUUGUGGGAGCAGAGAACACACCAGACUAACAUGUAAAUAUGCAGAUUGGACCUGUAGAAUCUGUUUGAAACCCGGACACCUGAAGCGGGUCUGUCCAAAUGUAAGCAAGAAACCAGAGGGUCAGGUUCUUCGAUUGGAUACGGCGCGAUCGGGAGUGCUGAAUGGAUGUGAUGACAUCAGCAGUGAACAUGCGAGCUCGGCCGGGGAGUAUGAUGACGAGGGGACCGGCGGGCCAAGUGGAUUAUACAUGGUGCAGCUUACGGGGAGUGAGCCCGUCAUGGCCGAGGUUACCGUGGCGAAGAGACGGCUGACUAUGCAUGUGGAUACCGUUCCAGCAGUGUUCAGCGGCAAGCUGGGCUGCCUGCGCAGCCAACGCGCCACGUUGCGCGUGCGCGCCGGCGCGGCGCCCGUGUUUCGCCGCGCACGCCCUCUGCCGCUGGCGCUGCGCGCGGACGUCGACGCCGAGCUACAGCGCAUGCAGGCCGCAGAUGACAUUCUCAUUACCGGUAAAACGGAGCACGAACAUGUUAGAAAUUUACAUUCCGUUUUUGAAAGAUUGGCAAAGGAGGGGCUCACCGUGCGGCAAGAAAAAUGUAAUUUUUUUGAAAAGGAAGUAAGCUACUUGGGUUUUAUCAUAUCGGAACACGGGGUUAGGACCGACGAUAGAAAGACCGAAGCCGUAGUCAAAGCACCGAAACCGGAAAACAUAACUGAGUUGAAAUCGUUUCUCGGAAUGGUUAACUUUUAUGCAAAAUUCAUUAAAAAUAUAUCGAUUUUAUUAGCUCCCCUCUAUGCAUUGCUAAGAAAAGGUGUUGAAUGGCAAUGGACGGAAGCACAGGACAGGGCGUUCCAGGAGGUUAAGGCCGCAUUAACUAGUUGCCCGGUUUUGGUGCAUUAUGACGAGCGGCUCCCGCUUAUCGUGUCGUGCGACGCGAGCGCGCGGGGGGUGGGUGCCGUGUUGUCGCAGCGCGGGGAGGGUGGCGAGCGGCCGGUGUCGUACGCGUCGCGUACGCUGAACUCCGCGGAGUGUAAUUAUAGUCAAAUCCAACGCGAAGCGCUGGCGAUUAUAUUCGCGGUAAAAAAAUUCCAUACCUACCUGUAUGGACGGAGGUUUGUUUUGCGCACCGACCAUCAGCCUUUGAUAGCUAUUUUCGGGUCUAAAAAGGAUAUCCCUCAUAUGGCUUCCGGGCGGUUAAUCCGAUGGGCUAUUUUACUGUCCGGUUAUCAGUACGAUAUCGAAUACGUACAAUCGAAGGCAAACAGCGCCGACGCGUUAUCUAGAUUACCUAUCGAUACAGGAGAAGAGAAUAACGAUGCAAAUACGUUUAUUAAAUUCAUAGAAAACAAAUUUCCGAUUGACUCGAACCAAAUUAAAAUUGAAUCGGGAAAGGAUAAAUGCAUAUCUCGGAUUUUAGAGUUUGUUAAGACCGGCUGGCCCAAGUCAGGCUUUAAGGAACCGGACCAAGAAAUGACCGCAUACUGGCGGCGUCGCGAGGAGCUGUAUGUGGAGAACGGGUGUAGAGUGGUUGUGCCGCGUGCACUUCGGCCAGCGGUUUUGGCUGAGCUGCAUGGCUCCCAUCUCGGCAUGGUCAAAUGUAAGGGACUGGCUCGCAGUUUUGUGUUUUGGCCGGGGUUAGAUAAUGACCUGGAGCGAAUGUGCUCAGCAUGUCGCACGUGUGGAGAGGUUGCGGAUUUGCCACCAAAAGCGCCGGUUGUUCCGUGGUCGUGGCCGUCUAAUCCAUUUGAUAGGGUUCACAUUGAUUUUUUUUCAUUUAGAAAUAUUACGUAUCUGAUUUUGGUUGACGCUUACUCUAAAUGGAUAGAAGUUAGCCCUAUGUCCACGACGACCGCUUCGAACACGAUUUUGAAGUUAAAGGAGAUAUUUUCGCGAUUCGGAAUUUGUCGCGUCCUUGUUAGUGAUAAUGGCCCCCCGUUUUCCAGCGAGGAAUUUAAGCUAUUUUUGAAAAACAAUGGGAUCAAACAUGUCACCUCCGCCCCGUAUCACCCCGCUUCGAACGGAGAAGUUGAAAACGCAGUUCGAACGGUUAAAAGAUCCUUAAAGAAGGCGGACGUCGAGAAAAUUUGUAUUUUUAGUUUUUUACAUAGAUUUCUUCUGGAUUAUCGUAAUAGUAUUCACGGCACAACAGGAGAUACACCUGCGAGAUUGAUGUUCGGGCGGCACCUUAGAUCGCGAUUAGACUUACUAAAAUCGGGAAUCGUAGAAUCCGUUUCAGAUCGCUUACAGCAAAGGGCGCUUGCUAAAGGGGGAACUUUUAGAUGUUGGGUAGAAGGGGAUAAAGUAUGGGCUAAAGAUUUUCGUAAGAAUAAAAGUUGGUGUUCUGCGAUCAUUAUAGGUAGGAAGGGUCAGAAUAUGUACGAGGUCGAGACUGUGGAGGGUUUGCGUUGGAAUCGGCACACUGAUCAAUUGCGUUCUAACUCGGCGGUUGACGAUCGAGACUCGAGUACACGGGAUGGACAGCCGACAGUAUCUGCUCAGGCAGCUCUAGCUGACUAUGCCAUCGCGGGUAAUGGUAAUAGCGCUAUGGAUGUUGAUGUUGGCGAAUCUCAUAUUGUAACGUCACCCGUUCCGAAUAAACGUGACCGACGGCAACCAGUUCGUUUUGGCUUUGAUUAA